UCAACCCACAAUGGAAUUGAAGUUGCCUAAUAUUUUUCUUUCUGACCCAUCAGAAAAAGAAAUCGGCAGAGAAAAUCCUGAAGUUAGCGAGAAGGGUGGGAAUAUAAUGGUCACUAUGUGGGAGAAGUUGUUUACUUUCAAAAGGGUUGUAAAGGAUCAAUUGGUACAAUUGGUCCAAUAUUUUCGUGGCAGCAAUUCGGAAAGAACUAGAGUCUACCAAGUUUGGCCUGGGAAAAAUGUAUUUUUCUUCCAUGGGAGACUCAUUUGUGGUCCAGAGCCAAGAGGGUUGGUUUUGACAACAUUUUCUAUUAUUCUCUCAAGUUGGAUCUUUGCCGUGUAUGUUGGGGGUGAUCUACCAAGUCAUUCUAGACUCAUAAUCGCCAUCUCUAUGAUUUUGACAAUAAUUGUUCUCGUCAACUUGAUUAUGCUUACUGUAAUUGAACCGGGAAUUAUUCCGAGAAAUGAUCAAUUAUCCAUUGAAGAUGCUGGUACUAGUGAUGGCACAAAGAGUAGGAAGAUAAUUGUUAAUGGGGUGGAUUUGAAACUAAAAUAUUGUCGAGUUUGUAAGAUUUAUCGGCCACCCAGGAGUUGCCACUGUGCUAUAUGCGAUAAUUGUGUUGAGAAAUAUGAUCACCAUUGCCCAUUGGUUGGUCAAUGUAUUGCACUGAGGAACUAUCGCUUUUUCCUAGCAUUUGUUGUAUCGGCCUUGGUUUUCUUUGUCUACAUCUUUGCCUUUUCCUGCUGGAGAAUUCACCUAAGAAUAUUGAGAAAUGGAACUGGAUUGUUUGGUUUGCUAAAGAACUGUCCUGAAACAGUGGCAUUGAUAUUGUUUGGUGCCAUUUCCAUCGGAUUCCUAGGAGGCCUUGUUCUAUUUCAUGUGUACCUUACUACUAAAAACCAGACAGCUUAUGAGAAUUUUCGGCAAAGUUAUGUGGGUUCUAAAAAUCCAUUUGAUAAAGGAAUUCUAAAUAAUAUUAAGGAGUUUUUGUUUGUGCCGCUGCCACCUUCUAGAGUUGAUUUUCGUGCUGAAGUUACGCCUAGAUGGUCUUCAACAGCUGCAAGCGUUGUCUGAGGUGAGAUUUUCAUGAAGUGCAUGAUGAUGAUAAUAAUAAAAGCUCAAAGUUCCCAAAUGUCUUGGAGUG